AUCUCAGUGGUCUUUUCUUUUUAUUUUUAUUUUUUUCUUUUAAUCCAGUGCAUCAUUUUUUUGAUUCAGACUCAGUAGAAACUUUCAUUGGAAAACAAAUCAGCGUACUUGACUAAGCUUGCAUACACCACUGUACCAGUCCGGAUCUGUUACGUGUGCGAUUCCUUUAUGACAAUUUCCGUUUCAAUAUGGCGCCUUUUACACCACACUUAGCAGUUCGGGGAUCAGAUGGAACGAUCCUGCUACGUGGACCACCGAACUGUGAAGAAUUUCAGACUUUCCAACGAGAUAACCGGCAGAGCAGAUAUGUGACUUUCAGCAAAGAUGGUGCUUUGUUUGGCUGGUGCAAUGGGGAAAAGGUCAAUGUGGUUAAAUCAUCGACUGGAGAGUUGCUGAAGUCCUUUGAUCUACCGAAAACAUCAAUGCUGGAAUUCUCUCCUCUGGGCAAAGUUCUGGUUACCUGGAAGCAGUACACUAAAACACAGGAUAACCCCCAGGGUGAGGCUAACCUGCAGCUUUGGGACCUGCAAACAGGUGACUGCAUCAAAACAUUCUACCAGAAAAAGGUGCAGGGAUGGUGUCCAAGUUGGGCAGAUGAUGAAAGUAUUGCAGUGAGAUGUGUUAACAAUGAACUUCAUUUCUUUGAGAACAAUAAGUUUGAAACAAUUGCCAACAAACUCCACCUUCAGAAGGUGAAUGAAUUUGCUCUAUCCCCAGGAAACAAUCCAAGCAAGGUUGCUGUCUAUGUCCCUGGAAGCAAAGGUGCACCUUCCUUUGUCCGCCUUUACCAGUACCCUAAUUUUGCUGGUCCAACUUCAGCGCUGGCCAACAAAAGUUUUUUCAAAGCUGACAGAGUGACCAUGCUAUGGAACAAAAAAGGCAGUGCGGUUCUAGUGACAGCCAGCACAGAGGUGGAUAAAACCGGUGCAUCAUACUAUGGAGAGCAGACCUUACAUUAUCUCGCCACGAAUGGAGAAAGUGCAGUGGUACAGCUGCCCAAGAACGGUCCUAUUUAUGAUGUAUCAUGGAGCCCCAACUCUUCAGAGUUCUGUGUUGUGUAUGGUUUCAUGCCUGCCAAGGCUACAGUCUUUAACCUCAAAUGCGAGUCCGUUUUUGACUUUGGUACGGGCCCACGGAACGCUGCUUUUUAUAGCCCUCAGGGCCACAUCCUGGUCCUCGCGGGGUUUGGGAACUUGAGAGGGCAGAUGGAGGUAUGGGAUGUGAAGAAGUACAGGCAGGUGUCUAAACCCCAGGCUGCCGACACAACCCACUUCUCCUGGUGCCCAGACGGAGAGCACAUUGUGACUGCAACCUGCUCGCCCAGACUCAGGGUCAGCAAUGGCUACAAAAUCUGGCACUACACGGGGACAGUCCUUUACAAGGAAGACACACCAGCUGGCAAAGAGCUCUGGGAGGUGCUCUGGCAACCCUUCCCAGCUGGAACGUUCCCAGAGAAAGCGGUGAAGUAUCAGGCUGCGUCAAGUGAGCUUGGCAGCACUGAGGCCAAGCCUGCCCAGGUCUACCGGCCUCCUGCCCUCCGCAACAAACCAGAGAGUAGCACUUACAAACUGCAUGAAGAUGAGCCACCACAAAAUAUGAAACCUGGAGCUGCUGGAGAAAAGCAAAUAUCCAAGGCAGCUUUGAAAAACCAGAGACGACGAGAGGCAAAGAAAGCAGCUAAACAGGAAAACAAAUCUGAUGAAGUACCCCAUCUUGUAUUGGAGCCUGCCCCUGCGAGUCAGGCUCCUGUAACAUCUAGCCAUGGAGACCCCGAAACUGACAAAAAGAUUAAAAACUUAAAAAAGAAACUAAAGGCUAUUGAGGAGCUCAAGGAGCAGCAAGCAGCAGGCAAACCGCUUCAGAAAAACCAGCUUGAGAAGAUGCAGAAGGAAGCGCAACUGUUGAAGGAGCUUGAGGAACUUGAAUUAGAGGUGUAAGACCAAAAAAAGACAUUUUCCAACUCUUUUGCAUCACUGUAAAUCUAAAUCACUGUCAGAUAAAUGAUGUAAAAUGUAAAUCUGAGCAUUGGUUAAUUCUCCCUAUAUGCAACAAAUAAGGUGCAUUUGUAAUUUUUUCUGCCUCUACACAUGAUUACUAUUGGACACACAGCCUGAGCUUUUAAAGGCAUUAUUAGUAUGCAGUUUUAUGUACAAGGGAGUAUACAGUGUAUAAGGGAGUAUUUUACACAGAUGGAGAAAUUGAGAAGUGAAGAGGUUUCACUGCAGUGCACACACCUGGAUUAAUGUGUAAUAGAUUUGUACGAAUUGUUAGCUUUUCUUUACGCAUGCAAAAACCUAGUUUGAAUGUUCCAAGAAAAAUAAAGGGACGUUGAAUAAAACAA